CAUCUAGGAAUAUUCAUCCGUUUCUUUAUAAAUAGGGAUAUUCAUUCAUGGUCUAGGGAUUAUUAUGAUCGCUACAAAUCAGGGUUAAAAAGUUGCAACAAUUUUUCAGUUUUUCAUCCAUCACAACAAACCAACCAAGCCAAGAGACCCACCCCUACAAAAUCAAAACUUCCACAACCCCUUCAUUCUCAUUCUUAGCCUUCAUCCCCUCCCCUCACUAAUAUCAAAUACUCUUCAUCUUCCUUCAUCUGUUAACAACCGCUUUUAUACUUUCUUUCUUUCUCUUUCAUUAACCUCCCAAUUUUUCACAUAAUACAAUCGCUAAUUCGGACUGUUGAGUCAAUUAGGGUUAGGGUUUUCUUGGGUUUUCGUUAAACUGACUAUUAAGGCAAGGGUGUGAUUCUUGUUCUGAUUUUAAUUUUAAUUUUUUGGGUUAAAGUUUGCGACUUUACAAUACCCUUUACGCGAUUGUUCAAUCUUGUUCUGUUUCUGUGCAAAUUCUAGUUGGUAAUUUGUUAUGAUUUUAUGAUGUUUUAGCCUCUAGGGUUUUGUUUUACAAUGAGGGUGUUUUAAAUUGUGUGUUUUUUUUUUUUUUGUUUAAUCUUGAAAAUUGGUAGUUUCUUGAUGGUGGUGUUGAAGGGUUUGAUUGUAAACAGUUCAAUGCACAUUGGUUUGUUUAGUUAUGGAAAGAACUGAACCUACAUUUGUACCUGAAUGGUUAAAGAACAGUGGAAGCUUAAGUACUACUUCUCAUCAGUCUUCAUUGCAGUCUGAUGAUCAAAGUGGAUCGGUAUCUCUUAGAAGAAAGUCAUUAAUUAACAGUGGUGAUAAUGAAUCCGGACGCGCUACAAGUACGACGUCUGCAUACUUUCGUCGCCCUUCUAGUAGUAACGGUCGUUUAAGGUCCUAUGGUAGUUUUGGGAGACGGGAUUGGGAUAAAAGUAAAGAAAAAUACGAAAACAGGUACCGCGAUUCCGAUCCGUUGAGUAGCAUUUUACCUAGUAGGUUUGAGAAAGACGGAUUACGGCGUGCACAGUCGAAUCUUUCCGCAAAACGCGGCGAAUUUUGGAGUAGGAGAGUUGUAGGUGAAAAAAACGGUCGUAAUAAUGGGAAAAUCUCGUUUGAGAAAGAUUUCCCGUCUUUGGGGUCAGAAGAGAAACAAGUGGGUUUGAGCAGUGCUAUUCAGAGUUUACCGGUUGGUACUUCGGGUGUUAUUGGUGGUGGUGAUGUUUGGACCUCGGCUCUGGCUGAGGUGCCUGUGAAGGGUGGACCCAAUGGGUCUGCUUCAGUAUCUGUAACUGCAAAUGUGGCGGCAGCUGGGCGGAAUAUGGCGGAGACUUUGGCUCAGGGUCCCCCUCGUGUUCAGACUGCUCCUCAGUUGUCUGUUGGAAGUCAAAGACUUGAAGAGCUUGCUGUGAAGCAAUCCAGGCAGUUGAUUCCCGUGACUCCAUCGAUGCCUAAAGCCUUGGCUUUGAACUCCUCUGAUAAACCAAAGCUAAAGUUGGGGCAACUUCAGAGUCCUCACAUCGCGAACCACCCUACCCCCACCCGACCUGUAUCUAUGAACGCUGACGUCACCAAGUCAUCAACCAUCGGAAAACUUCAUGUCCUUAAGCCAUCACGUGAAAGGAACGGUACCACUCUCGCAAAGGAGAUCACAAGCCCAACAGUCGGUAGUAAAUUACCGGAAAGCUCUCUUGUUGACCGCAAACCCUGUGUAGAGAAAAGACCUUCCCCUCAAGCUAAAAGCCGAAAUGACUUCUUUAACCUUAUGAGGAAGAAAGCUAUGGCAAACAGCUCAUCAUCCUCUGUUCCUGUUGACCCACCCGAGUCAACUAAUGAUAAGCCCAGUGAAGGUGGGGUCCACCCAAACGAUUUGAGCAGCGAUACCGAUGCUUGUGUUGUGACCGAGAAGUUUAAUAAUAACGAGAAGAGUCAUUCAAGCUCUGAUGUUAUUUUGUACUCGGAGGAAGAAGAGGCCCGAUUCUUGCGGUCAAUGGGUUGGGAGGAAACUACUGAAGAAGAUGGCCUUACGGAAGAAGAGAUUAAUUCGUUCUACAAGGACCUAAGUAAGUAUGUGAAUUUAAAGACGGCUUCGAAUUUUUUCAAAGGAACACAGCUGAAGUCUUUGAUGCCGCUCAACUUACUGAUGGGAAAGAAUGGUGAAUUUUCGGCUGACACUAAGGUGGAUUCUUGAUUUUUGGUGCUAUGAGAGUGUAGGAAUCAGGUUUUUGUUUUGGAAGGUGCAAAGAAGAAAUCUGGGUUUUUGUUUGGUUUUAUUAUAUCUUUUUUAUGUUUCAGUUCAACAACAUAGCUUAUGGUUUAUUAGUCAUUUUUAAAGAAAAAGAAAGAAAAUUUACUGGUA